CUGGAAGAAAUUACACUUAUAAUAAUAAGGCCGCAAAUUGUACCGUGUACGUUGUGCAUUUCCUGUUUUAACUUCUGUGUUUAUGUGCAAAAAAGAAUUAUCUAUCUACUCCUAUGUAAACUACAUAAUAAAGAAAUUUCCUGCAGAUUAUACCAAAACAUAUAACUAAAAAGUGCCUAAGAACCUACCAUGGCUUCCAAGCAAGUGGAAGAUGUUCAUCUGGAGGGCCUGGCGAGGGUACUAGCUGAUGCCGAGCUGGAGUGCCACCGGGCUCGCGAGGACUCCAGCGUGACGGAGGAAGAUGAGGAGGUUUUGGAAGAAGAACCGUCCCUCGAACACCUAGAAGAACACUCCCAGUUACCCGAACAACUAUCCGAAGAACAGAAGCCCUCAUCAUCAUUAUCAGAGGAACCACCGCGGGUGUUCCCGACGCCGUCGCUGCGUCGGUUACUGGCGGAGCAAGAGCGAGGGCUGAUGAUGGAGAAUACUAUACAUGUGCUGCCUGAAGUGUUCAGGACUGAUAUUGACCCAGAAGCCAUCCCCAAAAUAGCCCACACUCCGGCCCAGGUCUACAUCGACCAGCUUGCCUCUCUGGUCGGAUGCUCUCAGCACCACGCCAGCCUGGCGGAGUACUGGGUGCUGGACACCCUGGCUGGCCUGCUGAGGAGGGCUCAGAGCGAUGGGCUGGAGAAACCCACUCAAGCCCUGCUGAUGCUCUGGUUCUGUGAGUGGAUGAAGGAGAUGCAGCAUUUUGACGCGGCCGACAGGAACAGAAUGAUCAAACGAUUCAUGGAUAACAUGAUGUCUGCUGCAACCUUCGUCGCAGUGGAAGACCGUAUUCCAGCCCCUGAGGAUGUCGGUAUCCACUAUACAUAUCAAGACGACGAUAUAUUAAAGAACCUUCUAGAAUCAAAAGCGCCUCAGGGAUCGCUACCACCAAGCCCCACUACAGAAGAUGUUAAAGGGCCAUCAAAUCCUAAAGGGAAUUCCAGAGUAAAGAUAACGUUUGAACCUCAGGGCAACCAGUAUGAAUGCUCCCUGAUAGAUCUUACCAAGAUUAUUCAUUAUAUUUUUGACCUAUUCAGCACUGACUACCAAUAUCACUUGGUGCGUUCCAUCUUUACAUUUCCGCCGGACUACACCCACAUAGACGCGCCCUACCAGAUACAAGUUCCGAAACGACUCUACACCACUCCCAAAACUGGACAAGACAGGGGGAAAUCGCCAAGGAAUAAGUCUCCUAAAAUAGAGAAAAAAGAUAAGUCCCCUAAAACAGAGAAAAAAGAGAAAUCUCCUAAAACAGAGAAAAAAGAUAAAUCUCCUAAAAUUGAGAAAAAAGAUAAAUCUCCGAAAAUAGAGAAAAAAGAUAAAGAUUCUAAGAAAGGGAAGAAGGAAAAGAAAGGCAUGAAAGAUGAAAAGAAAAUCAUGAAAGAAGAGGAGCCUUCACCGCAAGAUUACAUUGAUUUGAUGGAACUGAAAGCCAAAGAGCAGCAAGAGAUAGAAGCCCAAGAGGCGAUAGAAAGAGAACUGUGGCAUCGCAAGCGUUCCAUCCUGCCACUGAACAACGCCGUCGCUAGCGACUUCUUGAGCAAGUACUGGCCGCCGCCCGUAGAUGGAGCUGAUUCGUUUUCUGAUAAGGAUGGGAAGUCGCCACCGGUAGAUGGCGUUGACGUUGAUGCGUCUUCGGACAAGGGUGGGAAGGUGAAGAAAGGUAAAGGGAAAGGAAAAGCGAAGAAGAAAUAA